GUCCUAUCAACUCCUAUUCACUCCUUGUCUGACGCCAUCACAAUGCCCUUCAUUGGCCCUUUGUUGCUUUCUAUCCCUCGCAAUGUUUUUACAGCGGUGGGGAUUCCACUCACCCUCGGUUUCAUCAGCGGCUCGCAAACCAGGGGCGUCGUCCGCUCACCAUGGUACAAGGACCUACCUUCCCCGCCAGGCCGUCCAUCACCCAAGGUUUUCCCAGUUGCAUGGUCUCUUCUCUACUUAGCUAUGGGCUAUGCAUCGCACAUUAUUGUCAAGACUCUGGAUGAGACAGGUGCUACAGGCACGCGUUCUGAUCUGACAUUCGCUUUGAAACUGUACUAUGCUCAGCUCACGAUGAAUGUCCUUUGGUCACCACUGUUUUUUGGGUUGAAACAGGUUGGAUUGGCGCUAGUAGAUAGUGCCUUCCUGACGGGCACGACGCUGUAUAUGACUAACCUGUCACACGGGCUAACCAGAGGUAUGACGUCAUGGUUCCUUGUUCCCUAUUGUACAUGGUUAUGCUUUGCAACAUAUCUCAAUGGCGGCACUUGGUUACUGCUGAAAAGAAAAGGGGUCAAUCGAUCUGAGUAGGACAACUACCAGUAUUAUGACAUACAAAUUGAUCAAGAAAAAUACAUGAGACGUUCC